AUGGAGGUGUUACAUGUAACUGGGCAACCUUAUAAUGACACGACUAUACAAGAAUACCAAUUUCACGCCUAUUCACCAUAUUAUAUUCCCGGAAAAUUGAACUAUAACGAUGAAAUACGAAUUCCCAUUCAAGAUCUAGACGCGUACACGUUACCUUCAACAUCAUAUCUCGACAUAGAGGGGAAGCUACUCACACAUGAUGAUAAGGAGCCAACAAAACUAAAAUUUAUAAAUAACGCUAUUUCCUUUUUAUUUCGCGAGCUUCGGUAUGAAUUAAAUGGAGUUAUUAUAGAUUCUGUUCGAGAGGUUGGACUGGUAUCAACGAUUAAAAACUAUCUAAGUCUCAACGAAAACGAAAGUAUUCUAUUCCAAAAUGCUGGAUGGUUUCCAAAAUCAGAAAAUGAAAAAAUAAUAGUGGACGCUCAUGGUAACUUUAACGUUUGCAUACCAUUACGAUUAUUAUCAGGUUUUUUUGAAGACUUCAGACGAAUUAUAAUGAAUUGUAAGCAGGAGCUCAUUUUAAUACGAUCAAACGAUGAUGUCGAUGCAAUUGUGAGUAUUGACGAAACCGAACGCCCCAAAGUCGAAAUUACAAAAUUACAGUGGAAUGUAGCCCAUGUUAGCCCAAGCAUGCGUGAACAACUACGAUUAAAUAGUAUAGCUCAUAAAAAUAUUGAGCUACCAAUUAAAUUUCGUUCGUGGCAAAUGAUUGAAUACCCAUCAUUAAAUAAUGCGACACGGCAUACGUGGGCGGUAAAAACCAGUACUAACAUUGAAACACCGAGACAUAUCAUUAUCGCAUUUCAGAAAGGGAGAAAAUCAAAGAUUACUAAAGAUAUGAGCAAAUUUGAUCAUAACGACCUUAAAAAUAUAAAGGUAUUUUUGAAUUCUGAACGAUUUCCUUAUAAUGAUUUACAAAUAGAUUUUGACACUAACAAAUUCGCUCAAAUUUAUGAGAUGUUUGGAAGUUUUCAGACAAGUUAUUAUAAUUUAAACUUAAACCAACCGAUAUUUAACCCGCAAGAUUUUAAAACUAAGACACCACUAAUACAUAUAGAUUGCUCUAGACAGAAAGAAGUGAUCCAAAAUGGGUCCGUCGUUCUCCGUAUCGAAUUUGAAACAAAUACACCUUCAACAACUGAUGUAUCUGCUUAUUGUUUAAUUUUACAUGAGAAGGAAUUUACAUACAAUCCACUAACAAAAAUAGUAAAGCAGUAUUAA